AUGGGUUUCAAGGACAAGAUCAAGGACGCCCUCCACCCCGACAGGGACGAAACCAUCCGCGACGAAGACCCCGCCGACACGGCUCCCGGCGCAUACCCAACCGACCGGGACCCCCGAAACCAGAACGCCGCUGCCGCCGCCAACCAACCCACCGGCACCUACGCACCAGGUCCGGCCGCCGCUGCUCCCGGCUCCUCCACAACCCACAGCGACAACCAACCCCCGCCAACCAGCCGCCACGUCCAGCGCGAAAACGCAUCAGCAGCACCCGAAUACAGCAGCCACCACCCCACCGACUCGGGCGUCGACUUUGACUUUGGCGGCGGCGACACGCGCCCGUACCAAGGCAAGAGGGAACCCCGCGAGGCGGGAAGCGGCCUCCGAAACGAAGGAGGUGCACCGCCGUACUGGGGUUCCAUGGGACGGGGGGAGAACAUGCCUCAGCAGCAGCAGCAGCAGCAGCCUUUCGCGCAGGGAAGGGGGGGCGGUAACGGGUUUCGCUCUGACCCUGCCGCUGGUGUAUCCAAGUCGUCUCACAUGAUGGACCCUGAUUCCUCGUCGCAGCAGCGUGGCGGUCUGCAGUCCACCUACGGGGGCGUUGAUUCCCGCGGCGGCGAACAGGGCUACGACCCGCGGCUCGUUUCCGGCAUGAACCCCCGGGGCCAGAGCCAAGGUUAUGAUCAGAAGUUGGGGGGCCAGAAGGCGGGCGGCGUGAUGGGUGGUCCGAUGGCCUCUUCGUCUGCGCACCAGGGCUCUCCUACCCAGCCCCAGCUCCAGGAUGGUGGCAUGGGGUCGGCUAUGGGUGCAGGAUCAGGUGCAGGUACCAAAGGAGCCGACGGAUCCAGCGGUCCUGGCCAGUUCGGCCCCGGACUGGACGGUUCCAGGGUGAUGCACACGUGUGAGGCCUGCGGGACGGACAAUGAUAUCAGCCAAUACUUCCGAAAAGAUGCCGUUUAUCGCAUGGGUUAA